AUGUCAACCUCUUUUGCAACUGACAUCCGUAACAUGAUACAAAAAAUAAAAUAUCAUAGCAGCUUCUUCUACCAAAUGCAUCAAUAUAGGAAGACCAAACCUUUAGUCCCAAAUAUAGACGUAAUGAAUUUUGACCAUGAUAGAAGAUCGUCUAUGAUAGUUGGUGGUGGAAGAAAGAAAUAUGAUACUACAAGAAAGGAUAAUGCGUUUGGUAAGAAAAGAGUUCCUGAGUCUAUCACAGAAACCCCACUACAACAACUAAGUAACGUGGAUGAACCCUCGUCUAGCUUCAUCAUGCAUCCUAUCCAGAAUAAUAAGGAACAGCUUUUAGAUAAUCCCACUGUUUUCCAUGGCAGCCCGCAGUUUUUCCCAGAUCUGAACUAUUUAUCACCAUGGCACAGUUACUUCAACGGUGUCGGAACACCAAUACCAAUUAACAGUUCCAUGAUUGGGAACCCAAACUUAUCCAACGUGCCCAUGACCAAGACCUAUGACCCCUUCGAUGUGCCACAGUCCAGUUUCCCUGCUUACUUUAACCCCAGAGCCGCUCUGAACAUGCCACAUAGAGAAAAAGUAAACCAGUGGAUAGAAAACGUCCCAAUCCACAUAGUCAACGAGGAAUACCUGACACACGACUGCUACAGUAUCGAUGAAUAUAUGAAUUGGGAAGAAGACGAAUUCGAUAUGUCCUUGUUCCAGAGAGGAGAAAAGACUCAAAUUAAUAUGGCUACUGUAGAUGAGUUGUUGCAAUUUCAACUGAAAAGGAUUACAUCUAUGGUUUUAAGACUCUAUGAAGAAAGCCCAGAAGUCCCAUUAGACAACUCUGAUGCAACAUCAUACUGA